AUGCGUAUACGUCUAUGCACAAACUUAUACAUUGAUCGCAUAUGCAUGCAUUAUGCAAUCCCUGAAAAGCACGCAGGAUGCUGCAGAGAGACUGCAAUAAGCGGUACAUAUAUCUAUAUAAACAUGUACACAAUGGAAAGAGAUAUUGGAUGGUGGAGUAGAUCUAGUCGGCCGGGGGUGUGUUCACGCGCUUCACUUGCCGUGCAACUCGACCCUAUUCACGGUGAACAAGAAGCCAACGGCUGCAGCUCAACGCUUCUCCUCACCCGCUGUCCUUACCUCGACGUGAUUGCCCUCGAGACACCCCCGGCGAUGCCUAUUCCGGCUAGCGCCAGAGUCCUGUGCUACCCAAAACAAACACCCUCACUAUCCUCUCUACUUGCCAUAUUGACUGACCUCACGCUCUCUCCUUCUGUCCAUUCUCUCUCUUCAAAUCCCCCACUUUCCUUGUCCCUCUCUUUUCUGGUUCUCCAGGCGCUCCUUCUUCUCUCCAUCACUCCGAUCAUCAGAUCGACUUCCAUUCCUUCACUGCGCCAUCUUGGCCAAAGACAUAAAGGUAAUGCCUCCCCUCCCUUUCUGUCAACUCGGUUGCCUGCCAAAUCUCGACUUGCCCUGCAUAUGCACCUCCGCGUGUCACCUUGUCCUGUCUCCGCUCUCCCAUUCUAUACCCAUUUCUUGCACGCCUUGCAUUUUCUACCUACAUUCCGCAGCUGCUGUCCCGUUGACCGGGGAGUGAGUGUGGAAUCGAGAGCAAGACUCGUGCGUGCUCCUCUCAAGCUCUUGCUAUCUCUUUUGCUACGCAUGGAAUGA